AUGAAUGAAAGGUUUAGUGAAUAUGAACAAAAUAAAUUGCUUUUACUCAGUACAAUUUUAGAUCCUAGAUUUAAAGAUAGAGUAUUUUCCGGAGAAUAUGAAAAAUUUCAAUUACAAAAUAAUCUGAAAUUGGAACUUGAUGUAAUUUACAGAAAUGUUACUGACACCUCUACAGUGUCUCCUGAAAUUGGGUCAGAGGUUGUAACAAUUAAUCAACAUCCAUUAGAGAAGUCCAUAUUUAGUCAUAUAUUGCCUGAUCACAGAGAACCUAUGCAGUGCAAUUCAAAUGAAGCAGAAAUUGAAAAAUAUUUAACAGAAGAUUUGAUUGAUGAGAAAGAAAACAUAUAUGAGUAUUGGUCUAAAUCUAAAUUAAUAGGAUUAAAAAAGCUAGCGGCUAAAUACCAUUCAAGCCCAUCAACCUCGGUGGAUUCAGAACGUGCUUUUAGUACGGCAGGGUUUAUUUGUUCUAAAUCUAGAAAUGCUUUAAAUCCUACUAAAAUAAGGAAUUUAAUAUUUCUUUCAAAAAAUUUGAAGUACUUAGAUUACAAUUUAAAUGUUUGA